CUCUCUCUCUCUCUCUCUCUCUCUCUCUCUCUCUCUCUCUCGUGUGUAAGUAUAUGCGUGUGUGCUCUGUGAGGGCUCAGAUGGGACCGCUGGGUGGAAAGGCCCUUUGUGCCCACAAGAGGGCAGCAUCCUGAGGGCUUUGUGAGCGCUGUAUCUCUCGUUAUCGCUGCAGGCUUGGGUCUGGAGAAAGUUAUACCGAAACUUUCAAACUGAUAUCACAUCUUAUUUCGUGAUAUUAAAAAAGAAAGACGAAAAGAAAGAAAGAAGGAAGGAAAAAACAGAGAAGUGACGAAAGAAGAGAGAGAAAAAAGAAAAGCAGGCAGCCAGCCUACCCGGGGAGAGUCCUAGUCACAUCAAGACUAGGGGGAGGGCUGUUUUAAUUGUGGGUUUGGCCGACUGACGACUGGAGUGCCCUCCUCGGCUGUCUUAGUUGUAGCCGGAGGUCAUGUAAAUCGACCUUAAAAGAAUGCAUAAGCCAUAAAUUAAAAUAAACCCUCACCCAAGGGCUGAUCCAUAAGUAGACAAUAUCCAACCUGGACAAAACGAGCUUCCCUUACGAGCCGACCUAAACCGCAUACCCCCAAAGAAUAGAGACUAAAUGCAAAGUCACUUUCAUGAAUUCAAAGGCAAUUUACCAGUGAUUUCUGGGUGCUGGAGCUGAUUUUUUUGUGCGUAUUUACAUUCUAUAUCUUCUGAUGAGGAAAGAAAAAUGCUUCAAGAAGGACUUUGUGACCCCUCAUCACUUUGUAUAAGAGCCCAGAAGAAUGUCUUCCAAGCAAGCCACCUCUCCAUUUGCCAGUGCAGCUGAUGGAGAGGAAGCAAUGACCCAAGAUUUGACCUCAAGGGAAAAGGAAGAGGGCAGUGAUCAACAUGUGGCCUCCCAUCUGCCUCUGCACCCCAUAAUGCACAACAAACCUCACUCUGAGGAGCUACCAACACUUGUCAAUACCAUUCAACAGGAUGCUGACUGGGACAGUGUUCUGUCGUCUCAGCAAAGAAUGGAGUCAGAGAAUAAUAAGUUAUGUUCCCUAUAUUCCUUCCGAAAUACCUCUACCUCACCACAUAAGCCUGACGAAGGGAGUCGGGACCGCGAGAUAAUGACCAGUGUUACUUUUGGAACCCCAGAACGCCGCAAAGGGAGCCUUGCCGAUGUGGUGGACACACUGAAACAGAAGAAGCUUGAGGAAAUGACUCGGACUGAACAAGAGGAUUCCUCCUGCAUGGAAAAACUACUUUCGAAAGAUUGGAAGGAAAAAAUGGAAAGAUUAAAUACCAGUGAACUUCUCGGAGAAAUUAAAGGUACACCUGAGAGCCUGGCAGAAAAAGAACGGCAGCUCUCUACCAUGAUUACCCAGCUGAUCAGUUUACGGGAGCAGCUCCUGGCAGCGCAUGAUGAACAGAAAAAACUGGCAGCCUCACAAAUUGAGAAACAACGGCAGCAAAUGGACCUUGCUCGCCAACAGCAAGAACAGAUUGCAAGACAACAGCAGCAACUUCUGCAACAGCAGCACAAAAUUAAUCUCCUGCAGCAACAGAUCCAGGUUCAGGGUCACAUGCCUCCGCUCAUGAUCCCAAUUUUUCCACAUGACCAGCGGACCCUGGCAGCAGCUGCUGCUGCCCAACAGGGAUUCCUCUUCCCCCCUGGAAUAACAUACAAACCAGGUGAUAACUACCCUGUACAGUUCAUUCCAUCAACAAUGGCAGCUGCUGCUGCUUCUGGACUCAGCCCUUUACAGCUCCAGAAAGGUCAUGUCUCCCACCCACAAAUUAACCCAAGGCUAAAGGGCCUAAGUGACCGUUUUGGCAGGAGUUUGGACACCUUUGAACAUGGUGGUGGCCACUCUUACAACCACAAACAGAUUGAGCAGCUCUAUGCCGCUCAGCUGGCCAGCAUGCAGGUGUCACCUGGAGCAAAGAUGCCAUCAACUCCACAGCCACCAAACACAGCAGGGGCAGUCUCACCUACUGGGAUAAAAAAUGAAAAGAGAGGGACCAGCCCUGUAACUCAAGUUAAGGAUGAAGCAGCAGCACAGCCGCUGAAUCUCUCAUCCCGACCCAAGACAGCUGAGCCUGUAAAGUCUCCAACAUCUCCCACCCAAAGCCUCUUUCCAGCCAGCAAAACCAGCCCUGUCAACCUGCCUAACAAAAGCAGCAUCCCCAGCCCCAUUGGAGGAAGCUUGGGAAGAGGAUCCUCUUUAGAUAUCCUGUCCAGUCUCAACUCCCCUGCCCUGUUUGGGGAUCAGGAUACGGUGAUGAAAGCUAUUCAGGAGGCUCGGAAGAUGCGCGAACAGAUCCAGCGGGAGCAACAGCAGCAACAGCCGCAUGGUGUUGAUGGGAAACUGUCUACCAUGAAUAAUAUGGGGCUGAACAACUGCAGGAAUGAAAAGGAAAGAACACGCUUUGAAAAUUUGGGGCCCCAGUUAACAGGAAAGUCAAGUGAAGAUGGAAAGCUGGGCCCAGGUGUCAUCGAUCUUACUCGGCCAGAAGAUGCAGAGGGAGGUGCCACUGUGGCUGAAGCACGAGUCUACAGGGAUGCCCGUGGCCGGGCCAGCAGUGAGCCACACAUCAAGCGACCAAUGAAUGCAUUCAUGGUUUGGGCCAAGGAUGAGAGGAGGAAAAUCCUUCAGGCCUUUCCUGACAUGCAUAACUCCAACAUUAGCAAAAUCUUAGGGUCUCGCUGGAAAUCCAUGUCCAACCAAGAGAAGCAACCUUAUUAUGAGGAGCAGGCCCGGCUAAGCAAGAUCCACUUAGAGAAGUACCCGAACUAUAAAUACAAACCUCGACCGAAACGCACCUGCAUUGUCGAUGGCAAAAAGCUCCGGAUUGGGGAGUAUAAGCAACUGAUGAGAUCUCGGAGACAGGAGAUGAGGCAGUUCUUUACCGUGGGGCAGCAGCCUCAGAUUCCAAUCACCACAGGAACAGGUGUUGUGUAUCCUGGUGCUAUUACUAUGGCAACUACCACACCAUCACCUCAGAUGACAUCUGACUGCUCUAGCACCUCCGCCAGUCCAGAGCCCAGCCUCCCGGUCAUCCAGAGCACUUAUGGAAUGAAGACAGACGGCGGAAGCCUAGCUGGAAAUGAAAUGAUUAAUGGAGAGGAUGAGAUGGAAAUGUAUGACGACUAUGAAGAUGAUCCCAAAUCAGACUAUAGCAGUGAAAAUGAAGCCCCGGAAGCUGUCAGUGCCAACUGAGGAGUGUUUGUUUGCUGAAUUAAAAUACUCUGACAUUUCACCUCCCCUCCCCCAACAGAAAAGUUCUUAAAGAGCCCGCAUGCAUUUGUGGCUCCACAAUUACAUCAGCAGAAUGGUCUUAAUUGUUUCGUAAAGCGUGAGACAGAUUAAGUUUUCCCAGAUUUUUCAUGAACUUGAGUUUUUUGUCGUUAUUGUUAUUGUUGUUGUUGUUUUUUAAUUUAGGUGAAGACAUAUUAAAUAUGAGACACCAGGACUUGAAAACUUAUCUCAACCCAUAGCUGUCUUACAAGUCUUAUAUUUUGUCUUACUUUUUUUCUUUUGGAUGUUGAUAAAGGUUUAAGUUACUGUUUUAGAUGGGGUUAAACAUUCUCACUCAGGUAUGCUGUGCCAGCCUACAAGUUGUGAAUGUGUUUUUAUUCUGAAUUAUUUUAGAAAACAACUGAGAAUUUCAUAUCGUGAAACAGAACAAGUCCACGGCGUGUGCAGCUGCAUGUAGAGCAUAUUCAAAAGGCCUCAGAAUUCCAUUUUUCCAUGUGUAGAGUUAAACUUUGAAUGUGCCAAACUUUUUCAUAACUUUUGAAUCUUAAUAUUUUGAAAGUCUUAAAGGAGACACUGCAAAGUCUUAGACAAUCUUUGGCAUCUUAAAAUAAAAUAGCAAACCACACUUUUUUUUUUUCAGAAAAUGGUGAAGUACUCAGGAAUCUGGAGACAAGAUAUUGUAAGGAAUGAACAAGGUUGCCACAGUGCAUGUACCCAAUUGUGUUUGCCUCUUGACGUGCCAUCAGUGUGUGACGUGGUACGACGUCCACGCACCAGAGCGAUCACCACACCAGAUACCGACAUGGUGGUCUUCUCUGCCUGAGACCACCUCUCACUACAUCCAUUAUCCCUUUGCCUUUAACCCUGACAUUCAGUCUUAACACAUUUUCUCUUAAAUAAUUUAUUCAUUCCAGAAUGUCAAGGGUCCACUUACUAUUUAUUUAAAAAAAUUGUUGGUGGCAUUAAUUUAAUAAUUCUUUUUUCUUACCCUCCUUCCCCAAAGAACUUUUCAGCCCUUUUCACCUCCUUCUCCUGCUAGAUACAAAGGUGUACAUAGUGAUUUUAUGUCCCCAGAACAUCUGGAUGCAUUUCUGAAACAAGAUACUACUAAAUACCUAUAUUGUUGUUUUUGAACAUCAGUGUAUAUAUGGCUAUAGAGCUGUGUAUUUGGAUACAGGUGUAGAGAUUUACACUUCAACAGGUAUUGCCCCUGAGGUUCCCCGUGACUUUGAAUCUUUUGCCAGAAUUUUCCCCUAAUUCAAUUAGGCAACAAGUGGUAGGAUCUGCAUCAGUGGCAUUUCCCCUCAAUGCCAUUCAGCAGCAAGGGUCAACAGUGGUGACUGCCAGGCAGGGGAGUCCCGCAGCCAAUCCUAAAGCCCAAAGCUGUGGUCCAUGUAGGAGUCCACAGGGAUGCUGUCAUGGGCUGGCGCCUUUAUACUGAGCUGCCUUGUCCCAUCUCGCACAUCUAGGGAGUUCUUUGCAAAAUCCCCAGGAUGCAAGAAGCCACGUGACAGCCUCAAAGCAAAGAUAGAGGCAAAUAGUCGUGAUACAUCCAGAGAAUGAAAGAAAACCAUAGAGAAGGAGAAGGAGGAGAAAUACAUUCCCUAAAUGGGAUGUUCCUACUGUUACCUCUGGGGAACAGAUCACUCCUGGGGCAGCAGACGAGUUCCUCUGGCUCAUUCCCUCCAUCUGUGGCUGCAUGGGGGUCAUGCCUAUGUGUGAACAAGAUUAACUGCCCUUGUCACACAAGGAUUUUUCUGGAGGUGCACUGAUGGGCUGGGAAGCAGUGAGGCUUCAUUCCCCAUCUCCUAACUGCAGGGAGCUCAGCCAUGCCAUUUUGACCUUCCUGAAACCAGGACUGAUUGCCUAUGGGGAAGCCUCACCCAGAGUAGUUUGAUGGGAGAAUGUCAGCAGAUGGGACAGUUCACCUCAUGGGACAACCAGAAUCUGAUCACCAGGACAUAGGAACGGCCCCAUCAGAUUUCUUGAGCCAUUUUGUCACUUGGAAGAAAAUAGUGUACCUUCAUAUUUAUUUAAGAGUGCUCAAGGCCAUACCUAAUAGCAAUAAAUAGGUCUAGCCAAGACUUUACUGUCUAUGUCAUUAGCUAGGAGUGCUCUCUAUCAACUGAUUAAGGUACUGAUAGGAAUGUUUGGUUCUUAAUAUUGAUUGGGGAUUGGAACUUUGUUUUUGUAAAUUUAUUUCAAAUGAGGAGGAGGUCGUUUUCCUAAAAAAAAAAAAAAAAAGAGUAUUUAUUAUUGUCUUACUGGUUUCUUUUGAUUAUAUACCUCUCCUCCUCUGUUCAUUCUCACGUUGUUUUCUCUUUCUCUUUGACUCUUGCCUUUGCCCUCUCCCGCUCCUUUUUAAUUUUGUUGCAUAAGUAGAGUGCUGUAUGGCUAGCAUUGUAUUGUAUGUAAUUAAUUUUGCACAAAGGCAGACAUUUAGAAUAGUAGGUUAAUUUUGUUUGUUUUUAUGACCAUGCCAAAAUAAUAUUCUGGGCUGGUGGAGAACAAAGGACUGUUCUUUAGGACUGAAACUUGAUUUUGCUUGUAGUUAAAAAAAAAAAAAAAAAAAAGAAACAAAAAAAGAAAUCAACAAAAAAAAACAAAAAACACACACACUCACAGAUGUUGUUUCAUAAGUGUUAUAAGCACUGGAUAUAAAUGGUAUUUUUUAUCACUUCUGACUAAUGUGAAGCUGUUGUACGAAAACUACAUGAACAAAAGUCAUCUGUUUCGACUCGUGUGGGCUUGCCUCACAGUUGCCGGAUUUGAGUCAUUUUUAUGUCUUGUUAUUUCAUUUAUUUAUGCAAAAUACAUGUGUGUAUGAACACUUUGUUUUAGCUCCAGCUCUGCCUCAGUACUGGGGUUCAGUUACUUCUAGCCAUGUUCUUAAAAAUGAAAGGCUAUUCAGGAAUGAUCUGAUUGUAAACGUCUCUUUCAUUGGGUCAAACAGUGAUGCUGUAUUUGAAUCUAAAUUCUGCACAUAAGCAGUUUAUUCUAUUUAUUAGCCAAGUUUGGCUCUAAAUAUCCAUGGAAAUUAAGAAUGACAAUCAUAGGGAUCACGUCAUUUUAUUUUCAGUGGGGCUUAAACAAAGUUUUUAUGACUUCACCAUCUCAUUUUAGAUUUUUCUAAUUGUGUAAAUAUAACAUAGAAAUAGAAUUUAUUUUUGGCUCAUGAAUAUUUAGUGAAAUAUAAGUUAUGUAUUUCCUUUUUGUUCUCUAUCCAUAUAUGUUGGUCCAGACUAGAAGUUGACGAGUCACUGUACCUCAUGGGGUAGUGAAUUAUCAGCCACUGUGAGAAAGCAGAGUCCCACCUGUAGCUGGAGCAGCAAAACCCAUCACUUGGGUUCUCAUACAGUUUAGAACCCACUGUCCACAGACUCAGACUUUCACUUUUUUUUCUUAUAGAAAGUUGAUGAAUUGAACAUGGUGAAUUUCCAGCACAGCUGGGAGAGAGUCAAUUUGCUUUGUGAAUCCACAUAAACCUUAGAAGGUAGUUCUGUGACCGUUUAAUAGCAUGAAGCAUGAAUGCCAUUAGAAAGGCAAAAAUUGUUCUCUGAGAUUGGCCAUUAAUGAAGGUCCCACCAUGCCAAUUAAAGAAUGUUAAUCAACUUUUUUUUUCCCAUCGCUCCCUAUUUCAUAGUAUCUUCAAAUCAAAGGUAAAAGUUACCUCCAUUUUGUUAAAGAACUUGCAGGAUCAGGAUUUUCCUUGUCACUUAGAAUAGGGACACUGGCAGACAAUCCUGUCCUAAAAAAUGGACCAUAUGGAAUAGGAAGGAAGGAAAAGAAGAAAAAGAAAGAAAGAAAGAAAGAGAGAAAGAAAGAAAGAAAGAAAGGGAAAGAGGAA